AAUCAAAAAGUGCUCCAAAAAAGAAGAAAAGUACAGAUGAUGACGAUGAUGAUGAUGAUGAUGAUGAUGACAAUGACACCCCAAUAAAGAAAUCAAAGAAAAAGACAACAAAGGACAGCUCUCCGUCUGCAACCUCCACCAAAGAGAAGAAGUCAAAAUCUAAAGAGGACAAAGAUGCUGAUGGGAAAGAAAGGAAAUCCAAAUCCAAAGAGAAGGACAAGAAAAAGGAACCUGCUUCAAUGUUUCAGAUUAAUGGAGACAAUGAUUCUAAAAGCAAAAAGAAAGGUGCUGCCAAAUCAGAGAGUGAAGACAGUGAAGAGGAGGCUAAAUCAGCAAAGACAAAGAAGAAAUCUGCUGCCAGUUCGUUAUCCAUGUUCCAAGCAACAGGAGACAAGGAAAAGAAGACAAAGAAGAAAGGAAAACCAGAAGAGAUUGAUGAUGAGUCAGACAAAAAAGAAAAACCAAAUAAGAAAAAGGGCAAAGGGAAAAAAAAGAAGGAGAGAUCUCCAUCACCUGAAAUUGAGUUUGAUAACUUGGAGAAGUUUGUGAUGCAGCCGGCUGCGCAGGGCGUGACAGUCAAAUGUAGAGUGACACGGGACCAGAGGGGGAUGGAUAAGAGUUUGUACCCCCUGUAUUAUCUACACCUCGACAAUGAGAAAAAGACAUUCCUGUUGGCUGGGAGGAAAAGAAAGAAAAGCACAACUUCAAAUUAUCUUAUAUCCAUUGAUGCAACAGAUUUAUCUCGGGGUGGAGAAAAUUUCAUUGGAAAGCUAAGGUCAAAUUUAAUGGGCACAAAGUUCACGGUAUUCGACAAUGCUCUGAAUCCAGAAAGAGCUCUUCCUGAUCUGUCAAACGCACGUCAGGAGUUAGCAGGAAUCAUCUAUGAGACAAAUGUCUUAGGAAUGAAAGGACCCAGAAGGAUGAUGGUUAUCAUUCCAGGGAUGAACAAGGAUGAUGAACGAGUCCCCUGCCGACCAAGAAAUGAUUGUGACGGCUUGUUGAUAAGGCAGCAGAAUAGAAGGAUGGAAAAUCUGAUCGAACUUCACAACAAGACGCCUGUGUGGAAUGAAGAAACUUCUUCUCAUGUGCUUAACUUCAAUGGCAGGGUCACCCAGGCCUCCAUCAAAAACUUCCAGAUAGUCCAUAACAAAGACUUGGACUACAUUGUGAUGCAAUUUGGAAGAAUAGCUGAUGAUAUUUUCACGCUGGACUACCGCUACCCUCUGUGUGCCGUGCAGGCGUUUGCCAUUGCACUCUCCAGCUUUGAUGGCAAAAUCGCGUGUGAAUAACUCUCACAUUCCUACCGUGUACUCACUCUGAACCUAGUAAGCAACAUUACCACACCCACAUCAACCCAACUCAGGUCUUUGGACUUGCAUUCAACACCUCCUACGCCAGGUGAUGAAUGACGGCACUUUGAAGGUGGCAAUACCUGCUGCUGCAGUACUGCAGCUGCUGCCUUCCUGGAGUUAUUUAAAACAUGUCAUAUCACAUUGAUGUUGUAUGCUAUUUUGCAUAAUUUGAACCAGACCUGCUCGACCCUCCAACUACAAAUGACUGUAGAGGUACAGGCUAUUAAAAAUGCUAUGCUUUAGCUUUGCUCUCCUUGUGUGUACGUGCAUGUGCAUGUGUGUUACAGUUUCCAAAUGUUAAAUACUGAUAUAAAUGCUAUUUAAAAUGCUGAUAGAUCACACUGUCUUGUCAUCAGUGACAAGACAUAAUGCGUUAUCUCGCUAGGAAGUUGUUAGUUUCUUUGCAGUGACAUUUUAAUUUGGGCAUUUCUGGAUGACAACAAAAGUUAAUUAGAUCUGAUCCAUCUUGGAAUAAUGAAUUCUAAGAUUAGCAUGAUUUACUGAGGCAGAAAAUCAACAUUUAAAAUAAAAAAUGGGAUUUGAUUGAAGGUGAAUGAAAGAAUUGCAAGUGAUGUUUGAAAAGCAACGACCAAUCAAAAGCUAUAUAAGAUGAAUAUUGUUCUUGCUUUUGGGUUUAAUGUAAGUUUUACUUGUGUGUGUGUGUGUGUGUGUGU